AUGUUUUCUACGUAUUUUAUUGAAACUAUGCAAAAAAUUAUUCCCCUGUUAUUGAUUUGUUUCUUUCUUUAUAUUGAAAGAAUCUAUGCUUCUAGUCGUACUAUACAUCAUUAUUUUCCCAAAGUGAUACUUAUUUCUCUUGAUGGAUUUCGUUAUGAUUACUUUGAUUUGGCUGAGAAAAGAAGUGUAAACAUGUCAGCAUUUGAAAAGAUUAAAAGUCAAGGAGUUUACAUAAGACGUAUACAAAAUGAAUUCCCUACUUUAACAUUCCCAUCACAUUUUUCAAUGGUAACAGGCCUGCACCCUGAAAGUCAUGGAAUAGUAGAUAAUGUGUUUUAUGAUCCAACUGAUAAUGCAACAUUUUCAUCAAGAAAUCAGUCUACAGCAUCAGAUUCUAGAUUCUAUGAUGUUGGAGCUGAACCGAUUUGGGUAACGAACCAGUUUCAUGGUCAUAAAAGUGGAGUGACUUUCUGGAUUGGAAGUGAGGCGAAAAUCAAAGGCCAGAGACCAACUCAUUAUCUAGCACCCUACAAUGAGAACAUUACAUUCAAUCAGCGAAUUGAUAUUUUGAUGGGUUGGUUUGAACAUGAAAAUAUUAACCUCGGUCUUAUGUAUUAUCAUCAACCUGAUAGAGCAGGACAUAUUUAUGGAGCGGCAAGUGACGAGGUUUUCAAAGCUAUUGAGGAGAUAAACCAUGGACUAGAUUAUCUCUUGACAUCGAUUGAAAACCGACCAUCACUUAGUUGCUGCCUCAAUCUCAUUUUAUCAAGUGAUCAUGGAAUGACGAACGUCAGUUCAGACAGAGUUAUAUAUCUUCAUGAUUACAUACACCCGAAUGAGUAUACAUCUGCUCCUAAGAAGUCAGCGGAAAUCUGGACUCUUUGGCCAACACAAGGACAUACUGCGCUAUCAUUAUAUAACAAAUUGAAAGACCGACACCUCAGAUUAAAUGUUUAUUUGAAGGAGGAACUACCAACACGUUUAUUUUAUGAUUCAAGUGAUCGAGUUGGUCCUGUUGUUGUAUAUGCAGACAUUGGAUGGACGAUUAUCGCUGACAGAAAUUCUGGGGUAACAUUGAAAAAUAAAGGUUCUCAUGGUUAUGAUCCAGAUUACAAAGAUAUGUCUCCAUUUCUAAUGGCAAUGGGACCUCAGAUAUCUAAAACUCAAGCAACAGAAUUAGAAGAAACAGUCAGACUGAUUGAUAUUUACUCACUGAUUUGUCUUAUACUUAAGUUGAAACCUGCUCCUAAUAAUGGCAGUGUUUGUCGAGUUGCUCCAUUGGUAAUUCAUAUUUAUGGAUUCUCAUCAGAUGCUAACGUGCGCAGUAAUGUUGCAGCAUAGCUUGAAAAGAAAUACUAACCACCAUUGAUGGAAUGACGUUGAAAUGUCAAGGAUAUAUGGUGAAGCAAAUCUACGGACCAAGCUAACUAUGUAUGUAUGUAUAACUAUAUAUAGAGGGAUGAUCUGUCGAAGUUAGAUAUAGUAAAUGUAUGCAGGGCGGAAGUUACAGAUAGGUCGUAACAGAUUAAAUGGGUUUCAUAGGAACUACAUAUUCUUUCCCUUACGAGUAUUGAAUUCCUUCUAUGUUUGUUAUUUUGUCUCUGUGUUGCUAUAUCUAAUCAAUCAAUGUGAAGCUCUUUCUGCUCUUAUUAACAUCCUUACCUACUUUUCAUGUAAUUUUAUACUACUUAUAAAUAUUCAGUAGCAUAUUUGAUAUUUUAAUAUCUUU